AUACUAACUUGUUGUGUUUGUUUUCAGUGAGAGCAAAAGAUGGCGAACGAACUGGACAGAGUGCGAAUCUCAGCUGCGGAACUCCGAGCUGAAGCGUCGAAUUCAAUCAAUAUUACUUACUGCCAGAAAGAGGAGCAACAGGAGCAUCACGUACACAAGCAGCAUAGGAAGCGUGACGGAAAGCGCCCUGAACUGCAGCGCUACCAGACGGUAGCUGGACAUGGACGGUGUCACCGUGACAGUGAGGAGGGAGAAACUGGUCUAAGUGAUCUCCUGGCUGCUGAUUCACAUGAACAUGAUCAACCAUCACAGAGUGAGAAAAAGGGUGUCUCUGAAAAAGUUUUAGAGAGACAUGGGUGCACAUACAGUGGGGCAGACACUGACAAAAGAGAUGAAGACAGAAUGAGAGGUGACGGAAGUAACACUCAAAACUGUAGAAAAGGCAGCCACUCGCAGUCUAAAUCAGAAGCAAAUCAAGAGAAAGUCUUUGUUGAAAGUGACAGAGAACACCAGGAACCUGCUGGAGCUGCUAAGCAGACACGGAAAGCCCGCAAACCAGACAGAGAAUUGUAUCAACCUGGAAGCCGGAGGAGUAUCCAGGGAAAGGACUCUGGAGUUGGAAAAGAGCAGGAUAAGCCUCCCCCUAGGGAGAAUAAGCAGAAAACUGAGCCAGAAUCCCAGAUGAGUGCAGGGGAAAGGGAGGGAAACAAAAAAACGUUUAUACAGAAGCAAGGAGGGAAAAAUAAAGAAGUAAAAGGUACACAGGAAAACUUAAAAUUGUCUAAAUCCAGUGAGACAAACAGAAAGCAAGGAAGCCAAGAUGUGGAAAAAAAAACAUUACCGUCUGAUGCUUCAAUGGAGAAGAUUACUAGUAAAAUAGAAAAACUCAGUGUAAAAGAAAAGGGUAAAGUGGGAUGUGAAGACCAAGCCGUUGAAGAGUUAAGUUGCAGGAGAUGGGUAACAACCGACAAGGAAAGGAGAGGCCAAGAGGAAGGAACAAAAGAGGAGGAAGAAAAGGUAGAGAAGAAGAGAGAAAAGGGAAACCGCAGGAAAAGGGGAGGAGAGAAUGAAAAAGAGAGGAAUCAGGAUUCCAGAAGAGGAGAUUAUGAAGCAGGUGGUGGAGGAAAGAGCGACCUAGCAAAAGUGGAGAAGGAAAGAGACAGGAGGCAAGCAGAAGCAGAUAGGGACAACAAACCAGGUAAGACCGGAGAGACACACCAAAGCAUAGGAAAAGAAAAUCGCAGAGAAAGUAGAAGAGGAGACAACAACAACAACCGGCCUAGAGAUGCUGAGAAAGAUGCUAAGACAGAACGAGUAGCUGACGGGGCUGUAGAAAGAGGUGAUAGAAACAAAUCUAAUGCAAACAUCACAGCACCAACCUCAAAACGCUAUUCCAAAUCAGAUAUUCGGCGCUCACGGAAUCGAACUUGCAGCAGUAGCUCAGCCAGCAGUGUGACCAGCCUGGAUGGUCCUGGAAUAGGGAUGGACGUGGGGAGUACCAAGUGGCCACGCUUGGAGCCAAAGCACAAUAACAAAGAGGGGAAGGCUACUAGUGGAGAAGGACGAAGGAGUCAUUUACAAAGCUGGACAACCAAUGGGGAAUCAUCUACAGAAUCACUGGAAGGGAGUGAGAUGAGUGACAUAGCAGAAGACAGAAGAAGGAGGAGAAGAGGUGGGGAACUAAGUGCAGAAAGGCGGAGGGAAGAAAAGAACAGACCAAAGGGAAACAAAGGAGGAGGUCGGGGAAUCCUAAGGGUUUCUCUAGAAAAACAGUCUGGUAUCGGGUCACAUAGUGGUGUGUCAGAACAUCGCAAGCCAGGUUUGGUUCCUCGUGGCAGGGGUGGAGGUAUCCUGGUGCUUCCAGCCCGCAUAGACAUCUCUAAUUCGCCUGAGGUUGGGCAAAGGCUUCUUUUUGGUGGAAUUAGGGGAGGAGGAGCUGGCAGGAGUAGAGGAGGCCGAGGAGGAGGAGUUAGACGACUCUGGGAUCCAAAUAACCCCGACCAGAAACCUGCUCUUACCAGCACCCAAUCCUCACAGCAUUCAUCUCUCCAACAGCAUAUAUAUCUUCAGACAGGGACCGGAUAUGGACAGCUUCACUUUCUGGACACAGACGAUGAGGUAGCAGGCAGUCCUCCAGUCCCGCAGGGUGAGCACUUUCAAUCCCAGAAGGUUGCUGCCAUGGUCUACUACAAAUUCCAAAACUCUGACAACCCCUACUGCUACCCCAUGCCCACGAGCAACCCACAUAGUCCCGGCACCACCACCAGUCAGCGCUGUCCAUAUCCUUAUCAUAUGGGGCCCUACCAAAUGGCUCCCCCUAAUGCUCUGUACCCAGGCCCUGGUGUGGGUCAGUUCUGUGGGAGUUACAGGGGAGCAGGUUAUUCCCAGCCUGGUGCAGGAGGUAGUUUGACAUUUGAAGAGGUGGAGCAACAAGCCAGAGGGGAGCUGGGGAGGCUGCUGAGAGCUGCAGAUGCACAGGAGCUUCAGCUCAGUAACCUUCUGUCCAGAGACAGAGUGAGUGCUGAUGGACUGGAUCGCAUGGCCCAGCUCAGAGCUGACCUUUUGGGGCUAUAUGAGCAGGUCAUCCUGACAGACAUCGACUUCUCAGAUUCACAGAACGUGGAUCAGGCUUUGUGGAAGAAUGUCUUUUACCAGGUCAUAGAGCACUUCCGGCAGCUACUCAAAGACCCCACCUAUGACAACACCCCUCAUAUCCGGAACAUGCUUCUUACGCUGCUUGAUGAGGGGGCAUUAUUCUUUAAUGUGCUGCUUCAGAAGCUGCAGACAGUGUACCAGUUUAAGUUAGAGGAUUACAUGGAUGGCAUGGCUAUCAGGGCUCGGCCAUUACGCAAAACGGUGAAGUAUGCACUUAUCAGUGCUCAGCGCUGCAUGAUUUGUCAGGGAGAUAUAGCACGUUACCGUGAACAAGCCAUUGACUCGGCCAACUAUGGCAAGGCUCGCAGCUGGUACCUGAAAGCCCAGCAGAUUGCCCCCAAAAAUGGACGACCAUAUAACCAGCUAGCCCUGCUGGCAGUCUAUACAAAGCGGAAAUUGGAUGCUGUGUAUUAUUACAUGCGCAGCUUGGCAGCUUCCAACCCCAUCCUGACUGCAAAGGAAAGCCUGAUGAGCCUGUUUGAGGAAGCUAAGCGUAAGACAGAGCAGCUUGAGCGAAGGAGGAGGCAGGAGCAUGAAGGGGGCUCCAGGGGCCCAGCAGUAAGAGGAAGAGGAAGAGGGGAAGAUGGUGCACGUGUGGAGAUUUGGACUCGUCCCAGUGGACAAGCGGCAACCCCAUCCUCUCAGAGAGGAGGUCGUGAAUCAAGCAGAGACUCUGAACAGGAUGGAGAGCUGGGCAGUCUCAGCGCUAGUGAUCUAAAUAAGAGAUUCAUUCUGAGUUUCCUGCAUGCACAUGGAAAGCUUUUCACUAAAGUAGGCAUGGAAUCCUUCCCUGAAGUGGCAAGCCGUGUUCUGCAGGAGUUUAAGACUCUGCUCCAGCAUGGCCCUUCCCUACUGGGCAGCACGCACAUGCUACAGAUCAUCACCAUCAACAUGUUCACCAUACACAAUGCUCACAGCCGAGGUGAAGAAGGAGAAGUGCGGUCUGUUUUACAAGAGCAAAGCACUGCCCUGGGUCUCGGCAUGUUCGCACUACUGGUGCAGCGUUGCACAGAGCUGCUCAGGGAUACUCCUGCAGAACCAGUCCCCAUGGCAGAUGGAGAGGAGGAGCUGGAGGGUAUGGUGAGGGUCUCUGCCUUCCCAUUGGACCUUAGAGAACUGCUGCCAACUAUCAAGGUCUGGUCUGACUGGAUGUUGGGACAACCAGACCAGUGGAACCCACCACCGUGCAGUAUAGAUUGCAGCCCUGAUGUUUGGCAGUGCCUGGCUGACCUGUGUAACGUGCUGGCACGUGUAGACCAUGAGGAAGUGCCGCUGUACAAAGUCGACACUGAAGAAGUGGAGGGAGAUGAGGAGUUGACUGUGCUGCAACUGAAGGAGGACCGGCUGCUUGCUGGCUUUGUACCACUUCUUGCUGCACCACAGGAACCUUGUUAUACAGACCAACACACUGACAUGGCAAUAGCAGCAGAUUGUAAGAGAGUGACGGUGCUCAAGUACUUUCUGGAGGCUCUGUGUGGACAGGAAGAGCCUCUAUUGGCCUUCAAGGGAGGCAAAUACAUCUCUGUGGCUACUUCUCCACCUAACCACUCAAUGGCUACAAGGAGCAGGCAGGAUUCUCUAACAGAGAAAGAGGCUGAUGAUGUCAUAGUCGAGGCAGAUUCAUCUCUCUCCGCAUCAGAAGAGGAGGAGGAGGCUGAGGAGGCGGAAGACAGUGAGAAUGACAUCAGACAGCUGAAGGCGCGACGCCACGCCCUAACCAACAAACUGGCACAGCAACAGAAGCGCAAGGAUAAAAUACAGGCGGUGCUGCAGACAGGCGGGCAGUUGGAGCUGGAAGUGAGGCCUCUCUUUUUGGUUCCAGAUACCAAUGGAUUCAUUGAUCAUUUGGGAGGGUUGAAGAGACUCCUUCAGUGUGGAACAUACAUCAUUGUUGUGCCACUCAUCGUGAUUACAGAGUUAGAUGGCUUGGCUAAAGGCCAGGACAACUUUGGUGGAGGAGUGGGGUCAGGAGGACGCAGCACUGGCGGUCGGGGCAACUAUAACGUUAGUGCGGCCCAUGUGCGGGCUGUGCAGGAGAAGGCCCGGUUGGCAGUGGCUUUCCUAGAGAAAGGAUUCGAAGCCAGGGAACCGUACCUCAGGGCCCUGACAAGCAGAGGAAAUCAGCUCGAGUCUAUUGCCUUCCGCAGUGAAGACACUUCUGGACAGCAGGGUACCAACGAUGAUUUGAUUCUGUCCUGCUGCCUCCACUACUGCAAAGACAAGGCAAAAGAUUUCAUGCCUGGUCAGAGAAAUGGGACAGUGAGGCUCCAAAGGGAAGUGGUACUCCUUACAGAUGACCGUAACCUGCGUGUCAAAGCUUUGACCCGCAACGUCCCGGUCCGAGACAUCCCUGCUUUCCUUAGCUGGGCCAAAGUGGGCUGAACCAGGCCAAACUGGAAUCAAAGGAAGCCAACUGCUGUAGCCUGCUUGCCACAGCCAUGAGAGAAGACACCCUAAAGCAGAGAAAGGAGGAGAUAACAGGGGAGAGGAAAUGAUUAAGAAAGCAUAGAACCACUACAAGCAAAUGUAGUGAGAGCAGGGUGGUUUCAAUGAGCUUUUUCCCCCCUUGUGAUAAAAUGUGUGUAUGUAUGUGUUGAGAUCCCUGAGCUUCCCCGGAGAGAGACAGGGAGACUUGACGAGUCUCAGUAAGGCUAGGCUGGAAGGGAGGAAAGAGGUAAAAAAAAAUGGAAGGAUUGGAUUUGUAAGUUGUCUGGUCCAGCCUUGAGCCUCUGCUCCUAGUUGGUGAGCGUGUACUCUGCAAGCAGUGUUAAAGUUUGAGGCUGAUGAUAGAAUGAGGCAGAGAGAUGGAGAGUGUUAAUGGUCAUUUAAUUGAUUAAGGACAGCAGUAAUGAAGACCAUAACUGGCACUUCCACACUUCUCUUAGGGCCCAGUCGCAUAGACUGCUUUGGCCUCUACAGCAGAGCUGAGAUAUAGAAAGGCAGAGAGAAGCACAGCUGGAGGGUGUUUGUCAGUACAGUAAAAAGGGGCUGAUUGUAGUCAGGGUUAAUCGAGUCCAAAUGCAACCUCAGCACCUCCAAGGAAUCAUAUGCAGGUACGCUAUUUCCUGCUAACACAGGAAGUAUUUGAUGCCUGUUUGGUAACUGGCUUUUCACCCAGCUUGAUGCUAUUAUUAAUUUUGGGUAUAGUAAGAAACUGUUCGGAAAAAGUCAAGAACAAAAAACAUUUGUUAUUUAUUUUUGUUUUUCUUGUUUUUGAGGUUGUGUAAAAA